AUGGAGUACGGGGCCCUCUACUACGAGCCUCAGGAGCUUGGUUGCAUUGCUGGCACUGACACAUUCAACAGCAGACAGCUUUUUGUAUCACUCUGUUUCACUGUGGGAACAAACUGGUACCCCAUCUUUGGCUCUGGAACUAAACUGUAUGUAACAGAUGAGCCGGUAGCGAAGCCCGUGGCGAGCGUGUACCCGGCGGCGCCCAGAGCCCGCCUGGAGGGCCGGAGCGCCCUGCUGUGUCUGGCCUCGGCCAUGUUUCCCCCUGUGGUCCGGUUCUCCUGGAAAAGACGAAAGGAGAACGGUCCUCUGGAGGAGCCGCCCCCCGCUGAGACAGAGCAGCUGGAGUUCAGAGAGUCGGGACGCGCCGCCGCCAUCUUGCUGAUCCAUCAGCCGGAGAGCAGCACAUAUAAUUACAUCUGCUACGUCCAGCACGAGGGGGGCAAAGUGGAGGCCCCACCUGAACCAGUGUCAGUGUCCUUCCAGUCUCAGUGCAGGGUGAAGCUGCUCUUGCUGCUGUACUCAGUGCUGAUAGUGAAGAGUCUGGUGUACUGCUGUGGACUCUCUCUGCUGAUGAUCCUCAGAAACAAGGGACCGUCCACCAACUGCACACAUGCUGACUGACUGUUUCCUGCUCGCCUUUCCUCGCCAUCAGAUCUCAUCCCUUCAUCUCAUGCGUCGUCCUAAACGUACAAAUACAUACACACACAUAUAUAUCUGCAGUUACUGAGUGUAUAUUCUGUGGUAAAGUGUUAUUUUGAUCCUCUAGUUUAUUUCCGCUUUGAAUUGUGACUUUUAUAAUAACAGAAAAUGAAGCUGAAUCAUUGGCUGCCUGCUACAUAUUUUAUUGUUUGUGGUAUUUUUCUGUUCUUGUCUUUCUUUUUAAUACAUGAUGCAGAGUGUGGCAGGUUUGUCAAAUUCUUUCACUCAAACAUUCUCAAUAAAGAGAAAAAUCACAGCGUGUUUCAUGAACAACUUUGUUGUCAUGGAUUUCACUUUGGCUUCAGAGCAAAUCACCAGAAACAGAAUCAGCUUCAUCGGCCAUGUAUGUUGACAGCUACGAGUCAUUUGACUGUGGUUGUAGUCGGCUCUCCAUAAACCUUCACACAGCACCAAGAACAAAUGUAGAGGAAGACAUGAAGACGAGCACACAGCUAAACAAGGACAACAAAGCCAGACAAAGAUAAGCCAACAUCAACAUAGAGCUGUUAUAUACAAGUCAGCAGUUGGGUUGUGCCACCAGGUUCAGGGCUGACCCCCUUUUCUGACUGUGUCAGUGUGGACGUAAACCUCUACGCUGAUGACACUGUUGUUUCCACAGGUGAACAAACAGCAGAGCGAGCUGCUUUGAAGCUACAACUGACAUAAAAUGAUGACACAGCAGCUUGAUCAGAAGUCUGAAUGUUGGAAACAUGAUGGCACGAACAGAUAAAUUAGAAACUUUGUGUUGAUGUUGUAUGAAAUGUUUGAACGCUCUGAUUCUUUCCCACAUGUCCUAAUAUGUUGUGUUAUGUUCCAUGUUGACGUCUGGCUGCAGAAACUGUCAUUAAACUGUUUCCUUGACAGAGUCAAUAAAGCUGUUUGAAUGA